GUGUGUUUGAUUUUAAGUACCGCACCGAGUUGGGUCUCGCGUAAUUUAUUUCAACAGUUUUUGCCGAUACGUCGAGUCCGAAAGCUCGUCGGCGGCGUUGUAAUUAAAACAUUUUUUCCUCCGGUUCAACCUACAGAGCAUUGCCUGCGUAUUAUUUUGAUCCCGUCGUAGUAUUUCGUUAAUUAUUUCUCCCGAGACCGCCGCCGCCGAUUCGUUUAUAAUAAUUUAAUUUGAUGAUAAUAUUACGUACAUGAUAUGUUCGCCCGGGGCAUCGACGAUAGAAAGAUAUUAAAUUAUCUUCCAUGCCCUAGGUACAGACCAAGAUCCUGGCAAAUAUAUGUGUUGGGGGCUUAAUUAAUAUCAUUUAUAACUCAUAAGAUUAUUAUAAAUUAUAAUAUUAUGGACGUUGACGAUAAUGCCGCCACCUCACUCCACAGCAACAUGUUAUCUCCAAUUCAAACAUUUUUAACGCUGCAUUGAUACGUCUUCCCUAUUAUUUAGGCAUUAUAAAAUAAUAUAAUAGGUAAAAUAUUAAUAUUGUUUAUGCCGGUUUGCAUGGAAAAUUGAUUAAUUUUUAAUGGUUCAACGAAAUUUAACGGGACAAUCAUCGACUACUAAGUAAUGUUUAAGGGACCAUUGGCUCUCUCUAUUUAUUCAACAAAUGUUUAGUGAUUUUUCGCGCAACCCGACAUUAAUGUAUUAAUUUAUACAUUAAGUAUGAUCGUUAUACACAGUAACUACUUAGAGAUGGUAUUUCCAUUUUUUUUUUUCCGAAAUAAUUAUCACUAUAGACAGGAGGCUAGCCUCUCCGAUUUGUUCCUACGGUCGGUUCGUCUCGUUUAUAUAGUCUUAUAAGUUAGUACCCAAUUGGUAGAUAUUAUAGUGUUGUACUGAGAUUUAAGUUCGACGUAAAAUAUUGUUCGGUAAUCACUAUUGAUUUUGUGUAAAGACAUGCGUUUCGUCUCGAGAAAUAAAAUAUAGUUAUCAAGUCAUCCGACUGAAAAUAUCGUUUCAUCGGGGCUAAGCCCCUGUGCCCCCUACCCACCCGUUUUUCGCCCAGCCCAAAAGGCUAACUGCCUCUAUUACAGGCUAGGUCACUUGCGAACAACAACAAACAACAAUAAUAAUAAUUAUUAUUAUUAAUCAUCUCCGUAACAAUUACCUAUGUACAAGCCGCGGUGACAUUUUACGAUAUUAUUUCAUUGGAGUUUGUUUAAUUAAUAAUAAUAAUAAUAAUAACGUUAUAUAUUUCGCGGGACGAAAAUACAUCGGACGCGUAUUAAAUUUCCCUACGCGUACACGACGAUAAUAAAGCAAUAAAGAGCGAUCGGCGAGCGACACACAUCGAUCGCGAUAACGGCGUAUUAUUAUUAUAUUAUUCGUUGGCAUUUUAGCGGUCACGAAUAUAAUAUAAUAAAAUAUAAUAUUGUUAUUUUUCCGUGCGUAGAUUACGCGUUAUUAAUACAGCUCGGCAGCUGUUGUAGGUGCAUUGCGCGCGAAUAGUAGAUCGCGACGAGCCGUCCAACGACGAUAUAAAAUAUUAUUUCGUCUCAAUUCAUUAUAAUUUUAUUAUAACUCGAACGGUUUUUCAAAUUUUUUUCGCUCGGUUAUGGGCCGCCAAUCGUUUGGGCGAGUACUAUGCACACCGCGUGACCGAUUUUCUGCUCCGUAAAUCCGCCGCCGCACGUUUUUUCGAAUAUUAUUACCGGUUUUUCUUUUUUUCUUGAAAAAUAUUGUCAAUACCCUACCUACCUACCUACGACGGACACGCGAGUUUUCAAAUUCUCGUCUCUGCACACUAUGCCUUAUUUGCUACCCGCGCACGUAGUCAUGGAGAUGCAGAUAAGCAACGCGUCCGAGUUCCCGUUGUACCACUCGAUGGCGACGGGACCGCACUCGUUCCAGCUCCCCGGCGCCAUACCACCCGUCAGCACCAUACCGUCGUACAAGAACACCAUGUUCCCCGACCGGUUGGGGGGCUUCUAUUACGACGCGGCCGGCGUCACGCACGCCAUGCCCGCCGAACGGUGCGACCGGUGCUACGUCGAGCUGUCAGUGAUCGGCAGUGGCCACCACUUCGGCAAGAAGCUGUGCGGCAUGUGCGCGGCCAAGGAACAGCAGGUGUCGCCCAAAGUGGAGACCGAAAUACUGGACCUAGACUCGCAACAGGUCAUGUCGCAGCAACAGCAACAACAACAACAACAGCAGCAACAACAGCAGCAACAGGACACGACCAAAGGGUUCUUGCAGCACGGCGUCGUCGUGCCUCCCGGUUACGACAGGCCGCCUCAACCGCCGCCACCGCCGCCGCCGGCGGUCGAGUGGCCCGGCUACUUUCAGCCGCAGCAGAACACGCUGUCCGGCGAACACCUGUCCCCCGACUACAACAACGUGUCGACCACGACCACCACACCGCCGACGAUGAUGGGCGGGUCGCCGCCGUCCGACAUGCAGCAACAGCAACAGUACCAGGCCAACUUUGACGGCGGCGGGUACGCAGUCGACUCGAACCAACAGCCCGGCGGAGGCGGGAGCGGAAGCGGCGGCGGGUCCGGGUCCGGGACCAAGGGCAACGGGUCGUGGAAGUCGAACGAGGCGAGGCGCGCCAAGACUUACGAGUGUCCGGCUUGCGACAAGUGGUUUACCAGUUCGGGUCACCUGAAACGGCACUACGGCACGCAGCUGCACAAGAACGCGGUCAAGCAGAGCGGCAAACCAGAUCCCGCGCUUUUGCCCAUGAAACAUCACUAUCACCCGUACCGGGACCCGGCAUACGUAGCGCAACAGAAGCUCAAGCAGCAGCAACAGAACGGCUCGUCGUUGCACAAGCAACAGUCGUCCAUGAUGAUGCCGGCCGACUUCCGCCCCGUCACGUCUACGUCAUCGUUCAACACCGAUUCUUUUUUAGAGCUGACUCCCCCAAACCUGACAGCAAGCCUCUCGGACAGUUUGGGGGGAACCCAAUUCCUACCGGCCCGUCGGCCGGUCAGCAACAGCAGCAGCAGCAGCAACAGCAACAACAGCAGUACGGCCGGUUUCACGGACGAGAUGCAAAUUUCUUCUUACCCCAACAACAACAGCAACAGCAACAAAUACCGGGCGGACCCAACGGUGGUCCGUACGGUGGCCCGCCACCAGGCCACGUCGUUCCACGGCCACCGGCAGUCGACGGCGGGUCAACAAGCGCUUUCGGCAUACCUGCACCACCCGAUCACGGAUACCAUCCAGCCAUACACCACCCAGGUUUCUAUGAUCCAACAAGCUACCAACACGGAUUUGUACACCACUAUGCCCGACAGUAACGGCCGCGGCGGCCAUGUGUACCAUCGCCAGGCGCAUCAGGAGCAGCCGUACCAUCUCAGCUGCGGGGUCAUCCGCGGCAAUCAGCACCAGCACCAAUUGCCGCCGUCGCACCACAGCCAGCAGCAGCAGCAGCAGCACCACCAGCGAACCAUCAUCGAUUAUCAACAGCCGUCGUCCACGACGGUGCCGCCGUCGACGCCGUUCCAACAACCGCAAACCCAACAUCGCCAGUUGCACGUGUUGCAGCACCGCAACAUCAAGCAGGAACCCGCCGAACUGCAGGUCGAGUACAACAACGUCGACGACACGCCGCUGGCCAGCCCGGACUCGAGCAUUGAUCACCACCAGCACCAUCAACACCAACAGCCGCACCACCAACACCACCGCCCCCAGUACCAAGGCCUGUUGGUGAUGGCGCCCAUAUCGCCGUCGUCGCCGCCGCCGUCGGUGCCUCUGCCGCUACACCAGCAGACCGUCACCGACGACGACGCGGUGGUCAGCGACAGCGACGUGGACCUGGACGGCGGUUCGCCGCCGACCUUUACCGGCGCAGAGUUGUCGUCGUUGUCCCAUUCGUCGCUGGCCAAAAAGUUCCGGAAGGCCACGCGCGUCACGUGCGACAUCUGCAACAAGGACUUCACGGACAAGUGUUACAAGACGCAGCACGACCAGAGGUUCCACAGUGGCGAGAAGCCGUACCGGUGCGGCGUGUGCGGCAAGCGGUUCGGCGAGCAGAAGAUCCUGCAGGUGCACGAGCUCCGGCACAACGACAGCAACAAGGCGUUCCCGUGCACGGUGUGCACCAAGAGCUUCAACUUCAAAAACGACCUGGACCGGCACUUCAUGUCCAGCCACUCGGCCGAGAAACCGUACCAGUGCGUGCAGUGCGAGAAGAAGUUCGUGCGGCUCGACCACAAGCGGCACCACGAGAAGACGCACGAUGACGCCUCGGAGAAGACGAAAAAGAAGAAGAAAGCGAUGGCCGACAUGGCGUCCAACCGCUACGGUGGCGGCGCACAACUCGCCGACGAACUGCAAUCGUAAAACACUCUCCGGCACGUAUAAUAUUAUUAUUAUUAUUGUGGCACGAUCGCGUAAGUCACAAUUUUUUUUCUUUUUUAAAUUGUACCGCUGUCCCCGUAAACAACACGAUCGCUUUUUACGAGAUAAAAAAUAUAUAUUUCAGUCGCGGGCGUGGGCGACGCGACGGACGCCGUCUAAUGUAAAUUGAAUUUUUAUUAUAAUUUUUUUUUUUUCAUUUUUUGAUUUCGGUCGUAACGAUAUUAUAACACUAUACACACACACACACGCGCGUGUCGCGAAAACAAUAAUAUUAUUUUAUUGUGACGGCACGUCCGAGAACCUUUGACUAUGUAGGUACUGUAUACUAUUAUAUUAUACUCGUAUCGAUUUACUAUUUCGGUCAUUUUUUCGUCCGAUAAAAAAUUGCGUCGAUAUGUUUCCGAACCUGACCGCGGUCGUCCGGCAUCAUUCCCCGGCGCCGUGAUUAUUUUAUAGUGAAAACAAUUUUUCGAGUUUGACCGACAUACAUUAUGAUUUAUGUUGUACAUAACAAUAAUAAUAAUAAUCCUAAAUCCAGGGGCAUUACAAUAUUGUUAAGAAUUUUUUUUUUAUUGAUAUAUUUUGCAACCCGCACCAAAUAACCAAAACUGUGUAAUCCUGCCCUUCCCUUAACCGAGCCCCACCCCCAUAAAAAAAUCCCCCGUCCUAUUGUUGCGUCGUUUGUUGAUGGCUCAAUCUCUUACACUAAAUAUUAUAAUAUUCCUAAUAUAUGUAUAUGUAUUAUUAUUAUUAUUAUUAUUAUUAUUAUCAUUUUAUACAUUUUUUUUUUCAUUUGUUGAAUAUUUUCAUUUGAUUUGGGUACCAAUAUUGCAUUAGUUAAAACAUAUCCCCCACAUGUUACAUAUCACACGACGACGCUCUAGAAUUAUUAUUAUUAUAUUACUUAUGACAUUCGUUUGUUUCGUACCUGCUAUUAACUAUAUAAUAUUAUAACUGUAUGAUAAUAAUAUUAUGUUGGAUGUAUAAACUGAUAUUUUUUAUUUUGUGCCCUCCCUAUAAUCUUAUUUUGUGUUUAAGUAGAUCUUUUUUUUUUUUGUUUAGAGCGGUAAGACGAACGCGUUAAUUAUUAUUUUUUAUCGCCCUUUGUCCUCGGUGCGAAUUUUUUAAGUUUUUUCACAUAUACACACAAUUCUGUUACUAUUCUCCAACCAAAAAUAUUGUAUUAAUUAAUUGUCCAUAGUAUUAUGUGUUAUUACGCCAAGUGUUUAUUAUUAUUAUUAUUAUCAUUUUUUUUUUUUUUUGAUUUAUUUUAAAACAAAUAUCGAUAGUACAAAAAAGUACCUCGUAGAUAUUGUGGAAGACUACUACUACUACUACUACUACUUGGUAUCAACAAACAAAU